CUUACUAAGUUUACCUACUUUAUCCUCUAUACAAAAUCUAGUACUAUAAAAGACUUAGUAUAUAUAUUUACUAAGGUUAUACUCUUAAACUAUAAUUUAUUAAAAGAAGUUAUUUCUAAUAAAAAUAAGCUAUUUAUUUCGAAGUUUUAG